CACACCGGCCAUCCAGCACCCAGCAGCCAUCCAGCACAGAGCAGCCCCGACUGCCGUAUUCAGAGACCCCAGCUCUCCCAGUUCCUGUUUCCGCCGCAGCGUUUUUACACUAUAUUUUGGAACAAAAAAUCUCGACUGCCGCUGCGUCACACCCCAGCCUCCGCAGCCCCGGUCGGAUGCUGCUGGAAGCCGGUGUACCAUGCCAAGGAGGUUGACCUACUCUACAAGCUGCUAACAGCUACUUUGUGGACAUGACAGACUGCUGAACAUCAGGAUCAUCGGCUUACAGAAAAUGGCUCCCCGAUAUGCACUGCUAAGAGCUGAUUUUAGGACACUACUGUAGGACAAGAAUCGCCUGGGACAAAAGGAAACAUCCAGACCGUGUGGGACUGGUUAACCAGGAGCUGGUUGAAACAAAGAGAACCUAACCUGGCUGUUGAAACACAUACUUCUGAACGUGCUCGCCAUGCUUUAGCACAAACAGGAAACGCUGGUUGAUCGCAGGAGAAACACCUACUGCCUUUUCUUCACACUCCUGAGCCACAAGCUGACAUAUCCUGCUCUCACCUGUCAUUCCCUGACCACCAUCGCUGCAAACAUGCCAACGUUGGUGCUGCGGCACUUGUGGUGACGGGGGACAGAGUGUGUGUGCACAUCCGGCAGGAAGGCCGGGUGGGUUGGUGGGUGUACAGGCACACUGACACGUGUUUUUCUGAGCCCGUGAGGCUGAACCAUGCGGCCUUGGGCGGGUUCAUGGCGUUGGAUUACCCUGGUGCUGUUGGCCUGGGGGACGCUCCUCUUCUACAUCGGUGGUCACUUGGUGAGAGACAGUGAGCACCCAGAGCGGUCCAGUAGGGAGCUCUCCAAGAUCCUGGCCAAGCUAGAGCGGCUCAAGCAGCAGAAUGAAGACCUGCGACGCAUGGCCGAAUCGCUCAGGAUACCAGAGGGUCAGGCAGAAGCCGGCUCCCUGGCUGCUGGGAGACUGCGAUCCCUGGAGGACCAGCUAACCAGAGCCAAACAGAAGAUCCACAGCUUCCAGAAACUCACCGGAGAUGGCCCAGGGCCCACUCAGGAGGAGCUGCGGAGGAGAGUGGAGAACGGCGUCAAGGAGUUCUGGUACUUUGUGCGCAGCGAGGUGAAGAAAUUGGCCAACAUCGAGACCAGCGAGAGGCAGAAGUAUGCCGACACGCUACUGCAGGACCUUGGACACCAGGAGAGGUCCAUCAUGACAGACUUGUACUACCUCAGCCAGGCAGACGGAGUGGGCGAGUGGAGAAUGAAGGAGGCUAAAGACCUGUCGGAUUUGGUCCAGAACAGAAUCACCUACCUACAGAACCCCCCUGACUGCAGUAAGGCCAGGAAGCUGGUGUGUAACAUCAAUAAGGGCUGCGGUUACGGUUGUCAGCUCCACCAUGUUGUCUACUGCUUCAUGAUCGCCUAUGGCACCCAGCGCACCCUCAUACUGGAGUCGCACAACUGGCGCUACGCACCUGGAGGCUGGGAGACGGUCUUCCUUCCUGUCAGCAACACCUGCACUGACCGCUCCGGGGCCACCACGGGACACUGGUCAGGUGAAGCCCACGAUAAGGACGUCCAGGUUGUGGAGUUACCCAUCGUCGACAGUCUCCACCCUAGACCCCCAUACCUGCCCCUGGCCAUCCCUGAAGACCUGGCCCCUCGUCUGCACCGUCUCCAUGGCGACCCCUCUGUCUGGUGGGUGUCACAGUUUGUCAAGUACUUGGUUCGGCCACAGGCGUGGCUAGAGAAGGAGAUCCAGGAGAGCACCGCCAAGUUGGGCUUCAAACACCCCAUCAUCGGAGUCCAUGUAAGGAGGACAGAUAAAGUUGGGACGGAGGCAGCCUUCCACCCUAUAGAGGAGUACAUGCUGCAUGUGGAGGAGCAGUUCCAACAUCUGGCCCGACGCGUCCAUGUGGACAAGAAACGAGUUUACCUCGCCACUGACGAUCCCUCGCUGCUACAGGAAGCCAAGACCAAGUAUCCAGACUAUGAGUUUAUCAGUGAUAACUCCAUCUCAUGGUCAGCCGGCCUUCACAACCGCUACACUGAGAACUCACUGAGAGGGGUCAUCCUGGACAUCCACUUCCUGUCUCAGACUGACUUCCUGGUGUGCACCUUCUCCUCACAGGUCUGCCGUGUGGCUUAUGAGAUCAUGCAGGUGCUUCAUCCAGACGCCUCCUCCUUCUUCUACUCCCUGGAUGACAUUUACUACUUCGGAGGUCAAAACGCCCACAACCAAAUCGCCAUCUACCCACACCAGCCGCGCAACAGCGAGGACAUCCCCUUGGAGCCUGGUGAUGUCAUCGGCGUGGCCGGAAACCACUGGGACGGAUACUCCAAAGGCAUCAACCGCAAACUGGGCCGUACUGGCCUCUACCCCUCCUACAAGGUCAGAGAGAAAAUCGAGACGGUGAAGUACCCCACGUACCCAGAGGCAGACAAACUGCUCAACUCUCAAAGGAAGUAAAUAGAAGACCUGAAAAAAAUAAAAGAAGAAGAAAUGGAGCGAGGUGAAACAUGCAGUCUCCCAUGCCAGGGAAGGAGGCUGCUUUUGUACAGAAGAGAGAGGCGUACUUAGUGCGCUAAGCUGAAGAGAAAAGAAAAAACCUGCACCCAGGGGUGAUAGGAAAGAGAAUGCACUCUGUGUGUUAAUGUGAGAGUGUGUUUGUGUGUGCGAAUGUGUGUAAAUGCCUGUGCGUAAGUCGGGUUCAUGGCAGACUUGCACCCUACCACUACUCCCCCGCCUGACGCUGUGACGUCGGCUCUGUAGAGAUGUAGACGUGAACAUUGAUUUUAAAUAAAAGCAAGAAAACAAUUAAAAUCCACACAACUGACCGAGCUUGCUCGCUCGCUCUCUCUCUCUCCCGGGACGCGCCGCCUGGGACUACUGUAAGACUGACACACCCCGGAGCUCGCUUCGAAAUCAAUGACUGAGAAAAAAAUGACAAACUGGAAAAAAGUGUUUGAUUUUUAUUUAAUUAUUUUCAGUGGUUUUGAUUCUAAUCUUGCCUUUUUUUGUUUCUUCCUCUCCUGUUUUUAUUUUUGUUUGUUUACUGAAUGUACUGUAUCCUCUCUUUGCCAUGCUCACAGCUGCCCCCCCCCUGAAAACACAACCACAUCUCCUGCUGCUGCUCCUCCACUCACUGUGCUUCCUCCAUCUCGUCUCUACAUGUGCAAUUAUUUUUUAAAAACCAUUUUGUGCUUUUUAUCAAGUGUUUUUAAACGGUCUUAAUUUUGUGUGUAUGGGGCUUGUGCAUUGUAUACUGUACAGCGUGUUUGCGUGCGUGGAUGGAUGUGCGAGAGAUAAAGCGUGCCUGUGUUGAAGUCUAAGGGGCCAUGUCACGACCUGGUGCCUGGUUUAAAUGAUGAUCAGUGUGCAUUUCUCUUAUUUUCCCGCUAUUCCUUCACCACUGAUUCAUGUUUGUGUGACCGGCUGGAGACUGGCAGUGACAGAGGCGGGAUGACUCCGAUGCCCCCCACCCACCCCAGCACUUGGAACAAUGGUGAACUCCAGUCACUCCGCUGGUGACCUCUAGUGAACAAUGGUAAGAUUAUGUGGAGUACGGUGAACUCGCGCAGACACAGGAGCCGUCCACCCAAAAAAGAAGCACUCCACUGAGAAAAUGUCCUUUUAUUGAGCAUCUUGUCUGUCCAUUUGUUUGUUUUUUUUUUACUUUUAACAUUGCUGUUUUAAAAUAAACGAAGAACAAUAUGCCUAUGUUUAAAAUGAUAACGCUAUGUCAUAUCAACCCCCCUCUUUCCCCUCUAUCAUUAAGGCUCUUUUUUUCAUAAUUUAUGUUCUCGGGCAUUGUCUUUGAUAACCACAGAUCGAAUAAACUUGAGAAACCAA